AUGUGCGACUGCCUAUUGAUGCGUGGAAAUUAUGGCGGUCGGUUGGAGAAAAAGCAAAUGAAGUUCCCAACGCGAAUCGCUAUUUCUUUGGAUAUGAACGACUAUGAAAUUGGAGUCGACGAUUUUCAUUCUGAACAAGAUCUCGGUGGAGAAAACUGCGGGUAUGAGCGAGAUUUUUGCAACGGAAUAAGCGAAGACGGGCAAGAUUUGGCAGAUGUGGAAGGUGAAGGAGAUGAUGACAUUUAUCGACAGUUAGCACAGAAGGAGAAAGAUCUUUUACUGGCAGCUGAACUGGGAAAAGCUUUAUUGGAAAAGAACGAAGAACUUAACCAGAAGUAUGAGAUGUUACAAGAGGAAUAUUCUCAAGUUGUGGAAGUAAGCGUAUUGAAUGAAAAUUUCUUUUCCGACCUCUAUAGUAUUACGCGCGACUGAAUUUGUUUUGUAAUGGAACUGGUUGUUAGUAAGCUAAAACAAUAAUGUUUCGGUGCCGUUGAUUUUUUUCAUAAGGAAAAUUUUAACCGCAAAUUUAUAUUUCUUUUUAACAGGAGCUGGAACAAGAUAAAUACGAGCUCAAAUUAAAAGUGGAACGCUUACAAGGUGGAAAUGACUCGCGAGUUCAUGAGCUUCAAGCUGAUUUAAUAGCGCUACGAAAUGAAUUGAAAACACUGCAAUCCAACUCAAAAAACGACCAACAAACUAAGAGGGAAACGUUUGCUGGACUCACGGAAGAGAACGAACAACUUCACUUAGAUUUACAAAAGGUAAGAGGCAGUUUAUACAAAGGAACAGUGAGGGAAGUUUCCCGGGCGGGGAUGGGUUUGAAAAAGAAGGAAUUUUUGCUGUUAUUUAAAAUCACGAAUGCAGCCAGCUAUAUGACCACGAUAAUAUUAUUUUGUGUUCGGAAGAGCACCAACAAGGAAAUGUUGUGGGUCUUUUUCCGGAAAUUUAGUGGGUAAAUAAAAAGUUAACUAUUUUUGGCGGAUUAGGUUUAUCGUGUCUCAAAACCCUCGCGAAACCCGAUCCCAACUUGUAAAUGGCUAAUUCGAGCGAUAAGAGAUAGAGGAAGUAGCUCGAUUUAGAGUCGUCGCAGUUUUUGUAUUCGCUACAAUGAGCAGUGAAUCAAAUAGGAAACCUCGAAUUGAGCUUUAACCGAUACAUAAAAAGAUUCGUCUGGUUGUGUUCUGGGGGUAAUCGUAUUGCUUUUGAGGAAUUAUUUAAGAUUGCAGCAUUCCAUAUCGUGAAUUGGAUUGUCGCCAAAUCUCGUUUAUACAUUGACAAGAUCUUUUAUGCGCUCUUGAGACAAAGUACAUAACGAUCUGAAACACGAUUUUUUCUCUGAUGUGGCGAACUACGACCACUAUCUUGAACGUGGUCAGGAAUAUUCCGCGGACGUCAUUCUCCUUUAAAAAUCAGUGAUUUCUAUCUCCGUCAUCUCCGGGUGGGUAAUGAUUUUUAGGCUAUGCAUGACUAAGCACUAUAUAUCUAUAGAUGGGCCUCUUCUUCUCUUCACGCGAAUUCUAGAACAAAGAACCGCAUUAACUAUAUGUGAAAUUUUUCCACUAAUGUUCUUCGCAAAAUAACCUCGAGUUUCUAAGUUGAUUUCCGCGUACAAAUUUUUGAGGAAAAGUUAGUGGAAGUGGAGGUUACAGUUGUUGAUUUCAAAGGUAUUUGCAAUAUCCACUGCAUCAAUUGUGCGUGUCAAUCUCUGAAAGUUUUGACGGUCAGUUAUGUGCCUUCGAGAGCUUUAUAAACAGUCUUAAGACUAAGAUUUUACAAAAUAGGCCUCAUUCUUAGAGAGUACGAGAAGCUUAAUUUCAUUGGUUUGUGUACCACUUUCCUUCUGGAUCUCCAUUUAUUUUGACCUGUUACUGAUCUUGCAGUGAUAUAUUCUCAUGUUCUAUGUUGAAUAAAAACUGUAUGUCCUUUUGAAACGAGCACUAAAUGAUAAUUCACCAAUAUCACAAUAUAGAAAUAGCACUCUCGAAAACAAGCAUAAAUCCCUUCGCCGUGUUCUCCUUUUAAGUCUAAUAACAAAGAAAAGAAGCAUACUGAGAGGUCCCUCGUGGGUCUACAAAAGCUUCUCUGCAUGUACUAGUAAGAGAGUUAUGUAAACCAUGUGCAAGAAAGUUCCAUUGUUUACCUUUUACGACAAAGGGUCUUCAAGAGAGAGAGUGAAGCAUGGAUUAUGCUGUAAGCACUAUUUUAAACAACAAAAAAAUGCAUGAUUGUAAAGCCUUUGGGCUCACUAAAAAGGUGAAUUUAGACAAGUUAAUUGCUUCUUGAAAAAAUGUAACUCUUGUAAGGUACCAGUGUAAAACAAAACAAGACAUGUACCAGCUCUUAAAUUACGUAUGUGAAGGAAGUCUGUCUAACAUAAUAACUCUGUGGGAAAUGGUUGAUCCAUUGUUUGUGAGGAAGACGAAAGUCACGCACGAGGGUCUAUGCUUUGAGAAUGUUUUUAAACUUAAAAGUGACGCUUCAUAGCAUAUUGUUUUGUUAUGUUUUAUAUCUCUGCUUCAUAUUAUGGAAGUAAUCUCAAGCAGCUCCGAAAUAUAUAAGAGAGUAUAUAAGAGAUAAUAGUGUUUCAAUGUGAAAUGGGGCCUCAAUUGACACACAGUAAUUUCCAUUUUUAUAGUUUUUGCUAAUGAUAUUUUCAAAAUACCACUGCUUCCUAUUGUUAUAUUGGCUCACAAUCAUUGCUUUGCUGAAGAUUACUUUUGCUAUUCGCUGUUGUGCUCUAUGCUGAUCUGUGGUAAAAUUCGAUAUUAUUACUUGUGGUUGUUUUGUAGACUUAAGCCCUGACUGUUGACCAAGCAUUUGAAAAAAAAAGUUUGAAAAACUUUCCACAAUGACUCAAAAUCAAAGGAUUCUAUUAUGUGUUUCCCUCACAAACAAUCAUUAUCAGGUGCAGAGUGAGUGCAAUAUAGGCCUUUUUGGUGACAGCAUUUUAUCACUUUUUAGAAACAAGUGUUAUGGAAACUUUUGAAUAUAGAGACCCCAGAGCAUCCACAGAAACCAGUAAUAUUAAAUAACUAAGUCACUUUGGAUGUACUAUAAAAUCUUACAUAUGAGUCCAAAACAUGGCCACAGCAAGUUUUAUGGUGAAAUGGCAGACAUUUUUUUCCUUUAUUCUCGUUAUUAGAACCUAAUCUGAGGCUUUUUGCUAAUUAACCUUGAGCAUUGUUUACAGAACACUUGCACAUUUUGGUGGAAAUUAAUUUUACACAGAACAAAAUUUGUCAGACUGUUGUGUUCUCAGUUAGACCGUAGCGAUGGGUGGUGUGUCACUCGUAAGUGUUAAACCUGUGAAUUAAAGUGUUAACUGCACCCUGGAAGGUUUGGAGGUUUCAAUAUGAAAGUGAUAACUAUAUUUUGUGAGGUUAUAGCCUUGAAUACAAGUUCCAUUCAGUUAGUGUUACUAUUUUGUUGCUUCUGAUAUGGUGAAUCAGUGUGAAUCUUUUAAAAUUAUUUAAAUACGUUAUCACCCACAUAACUACAUGUACUAAAAUACUAUAUCUCCUUAGCAUUCUGGAAUAAGACCGAAUAUUUCAACUUACAUUUAAUGUUCUGAAUAAUAUUAUUUCCCAAUAGAAACAGACCAAUUUGAGUCAAUUUAUUGUUCUAUAUUCAGCAGAUAUUAUAACAACUAAGGAGUGUCUGACCUAAAGCAAAUAUAAUGAGUUAUCUCUUGAAACAUCGCGAAAAAUAAAGAAAAAGCAAAAAAGAAAACAAUAUCAACUCAGAACCAACUGUGAUUGUUUUAAUUAGAUAGCUUGAUCAGAUUUCCAGCAUUAACGUCUAGACAGCAGUAUACCAUUGAAGGUACUAGAUUCUAUUAGUCCAGGGAAAAAGAUCCAUACAAGGUGUUAUGCUGCUGCAAAGUUAAUAUUUUCCUCACUUUUUCUCACGUUGUUGAUACUAAACAUCAAUAUGACAUUUAAAAAAACAGUGAUAAUGCUCAAAUACACAUCGGUGAUUUUCAAAACUUUAGCUGAUUACAAAUGUUGAAGAUAAGGGUCUAAAAACUGGUUUGCCAUAUUCUGGAAAGAGAAUGAAUUUAAAUGAAGUUUAUUUAAUACCUUUUGGGCACAUUGACACAUGUUAGUUUACCUGGUUUCAUCUAUACCUUGGCUGAUAUACAAUUUAUUCACGUUAACUCCACAUUCCAGUGGCCCCCAAUUAAGAUGGUUAGGAUUUGAUAGCAAGCAUUUUUUUUUGGUUUUCUCCAAGAUUCAGAAAUAUGAUGACCAAACAAAAAUAUGUGAAAAUGCAUGGCUUUCAAGUAAGAGAAAGUUAAAAAUCAAAACAAACUGUUUGGAAGAUGUUUCUGAACAUAUUUUUUUACAGUACUAGCCUUGGAUUUCUCAAGAAUAUAACAUUGCUCCAUGCAUGUGUUGACAUUCAAUAUUGCACUGUAAUGAUCAAAUGCCCUUGGAUACAACUAUACCUUACAACCCCCCCUUACUGGACACCUUCCUUAAUUGGACAUCUUGAUUUGGUCCCAGCCAUUAUUUAGUUAUGUUCUUUGACUCUCUAUAAGGUAGAGCCUCCCUAUGGGUAUUUCCAAAGAAACUGAAGUCAUGAUGAAUGUUAAUUAUUGAGGAAACAACAAUCUUAACAAUUAAAGGGAUGAUCGCAUUGCCAUUCUGAUCAAGUUUGACGACGCUUGCAUUGAUGGCAAAAAACUGCCAAAAAGUGUGCUGCAUGUUCAGAGUUUUAGUUUUGCUUGUUAAACCUGCUGCAUGUUUUAUUUUAUCAUUCUCUUCAUCAUUACUGUGGUUGCUCAAGCUCAUUAGUAGCAUAACCACGCAGAACAAUUCUUGAUAUGUGACAAUAUGCAACCGAAAACAAACUGCUGCAAUGUUUCAUCCAUUGAAUUUCAGGCCUCAUGCAAAUUAGUCGGCUAAAACUGAUGACAAUUCAAGCUGUCAUUAUUUAUGCCCCACAGAGUUGUAAUGUGGAAUAAAGCUCUUAAAUAUUAAUCUGAGGUGUUCAAAAAAGUUUUAAACAAUAUAUUCAAUUUCUUAUCAUCUGCUUCACUAUUAAUUUUGCAAUCACACAUAGGAGGGUUUGUGUAUUGUUAAAUCACAGCAGUGGUUCAUAGACACAAAAAAAUUAGAUUUGGUAAGAGUUGUAUGUUAUUACUACAUCUUUAUAGGUCACCAGUUGUAAUUUAAUUUUUAGACUGUGGGGAGUGUAAGUAAUUAAUAAUUAAUUAGAAUGAAGACAUUUUUGUAUUACAUGAGCCCACAAGGUAAAGCUUAAACUUAAUUGUACAUGUAAUGGUAUAUAAAUAAAGUUUUAUCACUAUUACGUUUUUACAGAGGUAAACUGGUGUCAUUUAUCUUCUAAUUAUUAUUUUUUUUUAAAUUACCUCAAAGCCAGAUGUUUACUAAUAAUAUUAUUAUUUCUCAAAGUUAAUCUACCUAAAAAAGUAGGAGGGAUUUAAGUUAGCUAAGUCCUCGAGACACAUGUUUACUCUGUUUCAAUAAAUUAUCAAUAGCAUUUUAUUCAUAAAGUUUGUGGUUUGGAAAUACCAACUUCAUGAGAGGAUUCUCUUAGAAUUGGUAAUAGAAUUCAAACCAUAUUAACCUCAAGUGCCUAAAUGUCUCACUGUGCUUACUUUUAAUAAUUAGAAGCCACAUUAAGAAUCCCUCUAAGCUGAAUGCUUUGGUUAUUUUGAAGCAAUGAAAAAGCAAUUUUCCUCUAAUAGCAAGGCUAAGGAGAAAAAAAUAUAAGUAUGACAGUAUAGAUUAUAAAGAAAAAAAAAUAUUAUAACCAAAAAGUAAUUAAAACAGUAAAAAGCAUGUGGUCUGUGGGAAACAUUUGAACCUUUCAAAAUCCAACUCCAAUUGAAAAGCAACAUGGAAAGCUGCAAAAAUAUAAAAUGAAAUUUGAUUAUCUUUCGAAUCCACCUUGAUUUCAAAUCCCCAAGAAUCAAUGAAUGUUUUCAUUCAACUAAUAAUUUACUCUUUUUUUGUUUCACGUCACCAUGUUCCCAAUAACAGACUACUGCAGCUCUGCCAUUAUAUAGAGGAAAAUAUAGAGGAUGUGAAUUUUAUAUUUAAGUGACAAAAGUGAUGCAAAUUAAUGAGAUAUCAUUUUUGCCAUAAGAACAUGAAACUUCAUAUCUUUGAGCUAAUGAGUCACUUUCUUUUUAGGGUUUAAUAUACAUGUGUGUACGCCAUACGACCAAAAAUGGGAUAAGCUCUUCUAUACAUGUGGCUCUUGUUAGCUCUUAGUUUGACUUAACCUUUUUUUCACUUAAAUUUCCUUGAGACAAGCAACAAGAUGGUACAUUUCCAGGAAUUAAACAAGUUUAUUAUUAGCUGCUAAUUAAUACUGGUACCUUGUCUUGAUUUUAGAUUAAGACAGAGAAUGAACAACUUAAAAGAGAUCAUAGCCUCCUUAAGAAACAGCUUAGCAGGAAAAUAAGCUUUGAUGAUGAUGGUUUACAACAAGUGGAAAUUGAGGAACUCUGGGAGAAGGUACUUUUUUACUUUUUAAAUCAAAUAAAAAUAAUAUUAAUACUAUUAUUUACCUGCUGCAGAAAUAUUAUUUAACAAAGGCUAAUGGACCUGAGCAAACAACUAACAUGGAAAAAUUAUCAAAGAAACAUAAUUGGGUUAAAAAUCCCAACUGGCUGGAGGCAAACCAGUGUUUACAAUAAUAUCAAGGAAUUGAAUUCACACUGCUGAGAACAAAUCAGUCAAUGAGUCAUAUUACAUUACUAAUAGCAGGAGUACUGUCAGUCCACUAGACCUAGUGUAGCUGGUGUAACUGUCAUUGUUUGCUUUUUAUUGCAUUGUUGAUAUUUGUUUAGCGUCUUUUUAAACUUUUUAUUACUAAUAGCAGGAGUACUGUCAGUCCACUAGACCUAGUGUAGCUGGUGUAACUGUCAUUGUUUGCUUUUUAUUGCAUUGUUGAUAUUUGUUUAGCGUCUUUUUAAACUUUUUAUUACUCCGGUGAUUGUACUAUCUGCAAGACUAAGGAACUACCACUGUCAAGCUGAGGGUUGUCAAAGGUAGUUGGUUGCUAGCUAAAGUUCUAUGAACCUACUACAUAUAUGGCCUCUUGGCCAGAUAGCUCCACUGCACUCUUUGUUAGAAGUAAUAGAGGAGAUGGCACCCUACAUCACCUACUGUUGAGAAUAUGGCUUCCUAUGGUGUAUGACAAAAUGUUGUGACAAUAUCAACAGACUCUUACCCAGCAAACCACCUAUUUAUUCUCACAAAGGACUAUGGAAAGGAAAAUUGACGCUCGAAAGGAGCUUGAGAGAGAGGGAGGAAAUGCGUUUUUCUUCUUUCUUUCUCUUGAUGCACUGUGAACUCACUAAAUCCUUCCGAUUAUCACAGCACAAACAAAUAAAAGCAACUGGGUUCGAGUCUGCAACAUAAAGCCUAAAAGCUUCUUCAAUGUUUAAUAAAAUAAUAUUAUUAUUAUCUCACCAGCUUGCAACGCUUGAAGAAGAGAAGCUCAGUUUGACACAAACUGUUUCAGACCUCGCAGCAACCAAAGAAAACCUUUCAAAAGAAGUAGAGGAACUUUUAGCAAGAAAUCAGUCAUUGGAGAAGAAACUUACAGCAAGCAAGGGGCAGGUAAUUAUUAAGCUACCUUCUCCAUUCAACCUGGCUGAUGGAGAAUUUUCCUCUUAUUUAAAUAUAAUUAUGGAGAACAAUGGGCUAAGGUUGAUGUAACUCGAUGUUAUGAGUUAUGAUAUGAUUGCACAACUUGACACAAGCCUGUUUAAUUUUGGAAAAUAUGUUACAUAUAUUCUUUGAAGCUAGGGCCAGGAGAAUUUUAUGUGAUAGAUCAAAUAGUUCAUUUAUAGGAUGGGGAAUUCACAAUGUAAAUAACCCAAAAUCAAUAGGAUAUAAGCUUAUUGACUGUUUUUUUUUUCUUUUUGUCAUUUGCUAAAGUUUUACUAUACAUGUUUGCUGUUAUUUAACAUGGUCUCUUCUUUAUAAUAACAGUUUUUGUCUGUCUAAUUAUUGAAUUACGUUCUUCACCCUUCACAGCUGGCAAAUUGUGAAGAAGAACUUAACGAAUCAAAGGAUCUCAAUGCGUUUCUGCAGGAGCAAAUCGACGAUAUAAAGCUUCAGGUAAAGAAUAUGAUACCUACCUUAAAUGAUAGCUUACUCUUCUGCUGCAAGGAAUUCAAAAUAUAUAAAACACAGAGUAACACACUGGGACCUGAACAACAACUCGUUGUCAGCCAUUUUUGAUUUACGUAACAAGUGUUGGGGAGACCUGGGAAUAACGCAUCGUCACCGCGUUACCCCGCUAAUCACAGUUUCAGUUAGUCUGUCAGUUUUCGUCUAGGUAAAAUAUUCAUUCACAGUUUCAGCUCCUUUCCGCCAAAUGUUUUUUUUUCACUUGCGCAUUAAUAUUUUAGCCUGCGUAAAGCCACCCCUCCCCGAUUUUUUCUGAGGGGAGGGGCGGUAGCGCACAGGCUAGGGUGCUUAUGCGGAGAGCAAAAGGAGCCCAGUAGUAGCAAGAGCCGUGGCUGUUUGCUCUUGGUAGUAGUUAUCAAAAUGUAUCCUAUAUUUCUAUUCUGCUUAUUAUUGCAUGUAGUUUUUACUUUCAUAUUUUGUAAGGGGUUGGUUUGUUGCCUAACCGGCUUUUACCAACCUAACCGAGAUGAUGAUGAGGCUCGCUACUAUCUACUAGAUACACGGCAUCUGCAUGUCAUAUUGUUUAUAUAUAUAUAUUUUUUUCGCAUAUACACAGAUAUUUGUCAUAUUACACACUUCUGAUCUUAAGGACUAGCCUACAGCAAAUCAGUUAUUAUUCUAGGAGUAUCAAGACAUUAAAAUGAAUGGGAGGGAGUUUUCCACUAUUUCUUUAUUUCAUCCAUCCUAUGGCUCUUGAUCCAUCGUAUUCCAUUUGUGCUCCUUUUCUGACAUCAACAGGCAUCAAUGGACCAGUUGUCAAGAACAUCAUUAUUUUCUGAAAUCUCUGACCUGUCUGUGAUUGGAGUUGGUGCAGGCAGUGAUCAUUUGAAAAAGCUAGACGCGAGCACGACGAAAAUAGUGAGUUAAACCUUCUGUUGACUAAGGAAAUGGCCUCAGCUGGAUUUUUUCUGGCGUUUUCAUAUUACCAAGAGAGAAUAAUUAUUCUCUAGACAAAACGUCUUGGAUUACAGUCGACUCUCUCUCUCUUUAAGAUGCCGGCCACCUUGCUAAAACAGACACCCAGACUGUCUGACUUUUUUUUCCUCCUUUUAGCUGACUCCCAUUAAAACAGACCUAAAACGAACACAUAGUUCCGGUCCCAAAGGUAACUGUCUUAUACUGAGAGAGUUGACUGAAUACACCACACUAAAUAACUUAUAUAGAACACGCCCUUUGACUGGAAUAACCACAUAACUUUCAACGCAAUAAACACUGUGUUUAUUUAAGACUUCUAAAUUCCCCUUUUAGAUAACGAAAUCGAUUUCUUUUUAGAUUGGUACAGAGCAAAGACCAGUCGCCAGUCUUCACGGUUCACCAAAGCCAUUACAAGCAUCUUCUUCUCUGGGCCUGGGACUAAACUCCAACAAGCGUCACAGGCCGUAUAGCAGCCUCAGUGACGAAGAGACAGAUGACAGUGAUUUGGAAUACGAUGAAGAUGAGGUGGAGCUCGAGGUGGGCACUGUAGCGAGAAAUAGAGAAUUUUAUGCUCAGCUUGAGGAAGAGGAGAAAGCUAACGCUCAGGUGAGACAGUGAUUUUAACCUACUUUGCGCAAUUUUAGCGUGUUCCAUGCAGGCGUUCAGAUAGUAGCGCGCGGGCGAAAAGGUGACGAGGAAAAAAAGGGGAGACUCACCACAGUCUCACCUCGUUUUUUCCCCUCGUUUUCCCCUUACGCGUACGAUUUAACUCGCUUUCCACAAACUGAACGCCUGGAACAGGCUAGCGUAAUUUUGCUGUUUUCUUGGAAUGACUUAUAGGGCCUCUUCAUGUGAACCCCGUUUUGUUGGCUGGCCAGGUUUCCGAGAUCUCGUCUACCCUUUAAAUAGGCACCUCAGUUGUAACUUUGUGUUUCUCUUUUUGCUUAAGAACUCAUCCCCAGGAUCUUACGGCCUUUCCUCGUCCUGGAAACCGGGCAAGCCCGGUCAAUCAGAUUCAUGAGAAGAGGUCCUUAUUACCACGGUAGUCAUCACCUAAAGCGUGAAGAAACGAAACUGAAAGAUAACAAAAAUUUUCAAUAUUCAAAGAAAAUCAAACGGAAAAUGCAUUCAAAAUAAAGUCAUCUAACUUUUAGUUGUACAAGUUAUUUUUCAACAUCACUCAUAAUAUUAUUAGGCACACUUUUGAAAUGAAUGAUGUGUCACAGUUAAAUAAAUAGUUAAUGUAAGAAGACAAAGAUUGUGACGUGUAAAUAAAUAUUGAUAAUCCUAAGAAAAGUAAAUCUCUUUUUUUUCAUUACUUUCAAAAGGACGUACACAAAUAUGCCAUAAAAUUUCAAAUAACAAACACACAAAUUGCUUAUCUGUCAACAGUUGAACCAACUGCACAGAUUUACUUAACAAAAAUAACUGAAUGGAUUUAUUGUAAUAACUAACAAGGCUAAUAGGACAUAUUAAAAACGCCAAAUAGUUGUUUAUGUUGCUAAAAUGACUGUUGUUUUUAUUUUUGUUAUAGCUGAAAAAGGAGAUCAAGGAAGCGCACGAAGAAUUACGAGCGUUAUACGAAGAACUCCGAAGUUCGCACGAAAGCUUGGAUUCAGUUGAAGUAGAAGAAUUACAUUCUGAUUCAGAUUUUAAACCGGGGUGCCUCACAACGUUUGUGAAGAAUUUCAGAGAUGUACUGGAGGAGAUGAUUAGUGAUAAUAUCACUCGAACUACGGUAAGUAGCACAAACAUUAAAUCGUUGAAUUAACUUUCAAGGCCUUGGUAGGAGUGUUGGGUUUUGGUUUGACAUGGUGAAGAUUAAAGUCUAUAAAACCUGUUGCUGCGGUUUGUCAAAGAGGGAAGUGGGUAGUUUAAGUUAAAUGUCGUUUACACGCGCGAGAGCACGCUGGUCGCAGCUUCGCCACUCACUCGCGUCUUCGCGUGGCUCGCCCAAAUAGGAGAGCUUGAAUGCCCAGAGGCUAUAUAUGGUGGGUGUUAACCAGACUUGCCCAAAUGCUCACAAACAGUAUUUUCAAAUCCCUGAUAUUUAGCUGAUUAUUUUGAUACGAAAAGGUCUCAGAAAGUAUUCUUGUUGGGGCUUGACAUACUUGUGUAGCUUCUUAAGAGACACGUGAAAACAUGGAAAGCUUAUAGAAAGAGAGGUACGUAUUAAAUACCAAAAGAUCUUGCUUAAUGUUACCAACCUUUCGUGUUACAGAAUUUGAAGCAACAACUUUGUAAAGCCCAUGAGAGCAUCGAUAAUCUUGAACAAGAACUCCAGGCGGCUACCUCAGAUUCAAGAAAGAAAGAUGAAGACAUACUUAAGUUAAAUGAGAAACUUCACGAAAGAAGUGAAGCCAUUGAGAGGUUAAAGGAACAAAGAAAUCAACUGGCGAAAGGAGAAUGCAACAAAUCACAGUUGGCUUUUGAUAUUAUGUACAAUGAGGCGGUAGAGGAAAGAAAAAAUGCUUUAGAAAGGUAAUAAGUAGUAGUUUAUUAGUGCCACACAACCUAAUCUAUACCCUGGCAGGUUCUUCUCUAUACAUAUUUUCAUGUAUGUAUUUAUUUGUCUAUUUAUUGCUUUAAUGGCGUAUCCGUCAGCCUUAUUUUCUAUGAACAACACCAAUUAUCAGCACUGAUGCACACGUACCAACUCCGCGGUAUCGCCAGUAACUUACGCAUGUGCACAUCCAUAUCACCCUGGUAGUGGCAGCCAUGGACAGCUGUUUCGCCCUUGGUACGUGUGCUUCAGUGCUGAUAAUUGAUGUCAUUUUCCAUGGGGCCAUAAGGCGAUCCAAGUCUGCAAAACAAUCCAUAAUUCUUAUCCCUGAUUUGCCGCAGCUUUCUUUAUAGUUUUGAUCUAAGAAGGGUUUUCGCUUUGUAAGCUAAUCAGUUUAAAAAAGCUCUCUGUUUCACACCGAUACAGUGUGGGAACCUCGAUUUGAUGAACCUCUGUAUAACGAACGAUUUUCCAAGCCCCAGUAAAAGAAAAAUAUAUGGAAAAGAACCUCGAUAUAACGAAAACCUCGUUAUAGCGAACAUAUUUUGCCAGUCCCUUGGCCCUUCGUUUUAUCGAGGUUCCAGUGUACUUAAAUGGUAUCAUGUUAUCAUUUUGUGAGUACUGUAAUCGGAACUUUCGGUCGCAUCAUCAUCGUCACCAUCAUCAUCAUCAUUUAUUACUACCAAGUUCCUGCUGGUCGUCAUCAUCGUGGUCAGCAUCGACGCAUGCGCUUUCGGGCUUGUAGCUUCUUUCAUUUCUUUUGUAGAAGUAAUGGAAAUCGGUUGGAACAGAUCUUUGUACAACUGUUGCCAGGGCAUUUUUGCAUUGCCCAGUUCAUUAAUAAAACCCUACGACUAACGUCUGGUUUUUGUGAUUUCAGGGAAAAAAAGAUAUCCAUGGAAUUACAGAGAACAAAAGAAGACAGAGAGGAACUAGAUCAGCAAUUGAAGGAGGCCAUUCAUCAAAAACUACUACUUUCAGAACAGCUAGAAGAUUGGCAGGUAGGUUGAAUGGUCUAAUUUGUGCGAAUUAUCGUAUUACUUCCGGGGACCCAUCGGCUCUUUUUUUUUGCUAUCAUUUCUUGCUUCUGAGGACUUUCGAAAAGUAAUACGAAUGUUUCUUAUCACUUUCCCGAAAAUAUCCAGCGAUAAUUGUUGUCAACACGUGAGUGAGAUGUUUAAACUCUUUAAUCCCUUAUAUCAAAAUUUAGGUUCUCCUUUCUUACCCGGCUGGUUUCUUAUACAGAAGAGGAGAAGUUGUAUGAAUAUCAAAAGUAUUUAACUUAUGGUUACAGUGUACAACCCCGAUUCCCCCAGCAUUGAUAUUAGAAGGAGAAGUACGCUGCCGAUCAUCCUAAGGGAUUGAAGGGUUUAUGUAUUAGUCCGCCGACAGCCAAAAUAACCUCUGUCUUUGUCUUCUCUUUAGUUUGAUAUGGCUUCCCUCAUUGACGACCAGGUAAAAAAACAAAUGAAAUCAGCGGCGAAGGAACAUGACGACAACGGAAGGAGAAGAAGAGUGACAGCUUUUACGCGACCAACACGCUGGCACUGGUCAAGCAAUAGCAGCAGACGACAAAGCCAUGUUAUGUGAUCACUGGUGAUAGUAUCGACACGGGUUCUUCCCGUACCGGGUUGCUCCAGAGAUCUUCUAAAGAGAUCUAUGAUGACGGUGUCAAGGUGUAUCACAUUCUAGUCCGGCACAAGUGGGAUGUAAUACAGCCCAGUCGGUUCCUAAUGUGUAAUCUAAACGAUCAUUCUCCGAAUGCUAAACGUCCCUGAAUUUUUGCAGGAUCAGAUUCAGGAGUUUCUCUUGUAUUUCAAGACUUCUCAUAACAUCUUUCGUCUUUUUAAAAGUCUCAUAAUUCUUUCAUUUAUAUAUUUCCCUCAAUAGAGGGACUAUAGUCAAACUUCAAGGUGAUCUUUUCAGAGCUUUACGGGUGCGUCUUUCUUAUCCGUUUAUACCGUCUCACUUGUCUUUAACUGAUAAGGCACAACAGUAAUGCCGUCUAAAAAGAAAAUGAUGUAUUUAUUGACUAUUUGCAGGGCCUUUAACCGUUGGUGAGUCUCUGUUAGUUGUAAUACAAUCAUAUUACGUAAGUUAUCCAAGAUGUUUACAUUUAAAAAUGACCCAACGUCAUUAAAUUAUUUAUGUCAAUAUCUUUAUUUACUGUAAAUUCAGAUGGUAAAAAAUGAGGCAGUUGCUCAGUUUUGUGUGUUUUUACAGAGUUUCUGGUCUCUCUGUUGUAAGAUACUCCAGUUUUACCCUGUCCGUGUGAUAAAAUAUGACUUGUCAUUCUUAGUUCAUUAAAUCCGAAGUGUUUGGAUUCGAUGAAAUAAAGCCCUCUGUUCCCCUCCAAACGCCACACCCUUCGUUUACAAAGGUCUCUCUUCUCUUCCCUGUAGUAUCGAGAGUUGUGGCCUUUUGAAGUCAUAAAAAGUGGUCAACUAUGUUCUUACUGACUUUGCGACCGCUUUUAGAGAACUGCAAACAUAGAACAAUGUUGAGGCUUUUAGCUUAUUCUCGUUGUAAAAACCUGUCGAAUCUCGUGCGUGUCGCCGCAAUACAGAGAACAAAAGAUAUAAGAAAAAAGAAUGGAAAAAAAUAGUAAACAGGAACCAAACAAAACAUGGCAGGUUUUUACAUCUCGGUAAACUCUAACUUUUCUAAACUGAACAUGUCAUAAAAUGAUGUUCUAGUAAUUAUGCCCGAAAUUUAAUUUAAGGUUAACUUUAUGUGUAAAGCAUAUUUAAUACUUAGUUUACUAACAAGCAAUAUAAAGAUUACUAAAGGUGUUUAUAGAUCGGAGGCGUAAGAGGGGAGAAAAAACGUAGGGGACUCCCGCGCGAUUGAAUACGGAACUAAUUUUUAAGAAUUUCGGAGGCCUCUUCCAGGGGUCACUAUCUUGUUUUGCUGUGGAGCGAAUGGAAUUGUCUUUCAUUCAUGAUAAGAGAAACUUAAUAUUUUCUUAGUAGCCAUUUUUCUCGCAUACACUUGCCUUGCUUGUCAGAACAAGUGAAGGAUCUGCUAGAUCCUGGCGCGGUUUAUUAGAUGGUUUGCCUGUUUUUGUUCAGUUACUAUAACUACGUACUUUUAACAACAAACUGUCGUAGAAAGAGCAUUACAAAUGACAACGGUGUCGCUCUCUGAAAUUAAGUCAAACUUGAAACAGAGCAAGACGGGCUGUUAUUUUCACACUUAAAUCAAUUUUGCGAUCGUUAAGAAAGCGCUUAAGUUGCCUGAUAGUGCAGCCUCGACCUCUUCUUUCAUGUGGGAGUCCCCAGGGCGAAAGGGCUGAAAAAGAACUGAACUUUGUAGGUUCUUUCACAUAUCUCUUAGUUUGAUCUCUUGGUUUGAUAUAUAGACACACGAAGUCAGGGUAGCAGUUUUAAUUUAGUGAUUAAAUUACUGUGUAAACGUUUAAAUAACGGCUCCAAUUUUAUGUGAUAUAGUAAUUAACUCAGAGUUGUAAAAUGUCUUUUAAUGCAUAGAACGUGCACGUAAAAUGUAGAAAAUGUAUGUCAUACUUUUUGGAAGUGUAAUUGAAUUAUAACGGAAGAUUUAUGGCUUUGAAAGCCUAGUUUUAUCAACAGAUAAAGAUGUUGACAAAUAAAGGAGUAUUUUGACAGUGG